CCGGGCACAGCUCUUGGCUCAGAGAAGAGGAGACCGAGUCCCCGCAGCAUUCAAUAGAGUCGAGCAGUCCGGAGACUGUCACCUCGCAUCUCCUAAUUUAAUUUUCACUUGUGUUGGCUACUGAAGAAAGUGGUCAAAGUGUGCUACAUCAUCACCAGCUUGUGUUUUGGACACCUGACUGAAAAAAGACAAAGAAACAAAACAACAAAACAAAACAACAAUAAUUUUGUAAAGUGACAGCGGCAACCGUGACUGAUACUGCAACCUAAGCAGGAACAAGCAUCAGCAGGGAAAUAAGCAAGAUAGAAGAAGUGUAGCGAGAGACUUAAAAAUCCAAAAAGCAAAAUGACAGGAGGCGGGUAUCUGUUAUAAGCGGCGCGUGCCUCAGCUGUAGCAGAAGAAGUAGCCCACCGCGCGAGCACUCUUCACUAGAGUAGUCAACGCUACUCGCGACAACACUGUGAGGUAUCAGAGCAUGUAACACCUGGCGCGAGAGACCCCCGACCAGAGGGGCAAUAAUAGAUGUACUAAACACAGAAUAGAACGUUUAUUUAUUUAUUUAUUUAUUUAUUUAUUUAUUUAUUUAUUUAUUUAUGUAUUUGUUUGUUUGUUUGUUUAUUUUACCCGCUAGUUAUUAAACAGCGUCUCGAGACUUUAACAAGCAAGUGAGCUUGAGAGUUGUUCUCAUUGAAGAGGCGGAGACUGAACUUGUAGAGGCGCUCGCCUCAACUCUGUCUCCUGCAAAUAUGAUGAUGAUGUCUCUGAACAACAAGCAGGCAUUCAGCAUGCCUCACACCAGCUUGCCCGAACCCAAGUAUUCCAGUUUGCAUUCUUCUUCGUCGUCUGCUUUGACUUCAAGUGCACCUUCCUCAUCUUCUACUUCUAGACACUGCACUACUAUCAGCAGCAGCAGCUCGGAGGCGAUGCGCCGAGCCUGUCUCCCAACCCCACCGAGCAAUAUAUUUGGAGGUUUGGAUGAGAGUUUGCUGGCCCGAGCUGAAGCUUUGGCGGCUGUGGAUAUAGUCUCUCAUCAGACCAAGAGCCACCAUCACCCUGUUCAUCAUAGUCCUUAUAAGCCGGACGCUACCUAUCACACCAUGAACACUAUCCCUUGUACCUCCUCGGCUUCUUCUUCCUCCUCUGUACCUAUUUCCCACCCAUCUCACCACCACCACCACCAUCAUCACCACCACCACCAACCCCACCAAGCCCUGGAAGGGGACCUUCUCGAUCACAUCACCCCAGGGCUGGCUCUCGGGGCCAUGGCAGGGAUGGAUGGAUCUGUUGUCUCCACGCCAGCCCACCCUGGCCAUAUGGCAGGCAUGAACCCCAUGCACCAGGCAGCUAUCAACAUGGCCCAUGCCCACGGGCUCUCUCACAUGGGCUGCAUGAGUGAAGUUGAAGCUGAUCCCAGGGACUUGGAAGCCUUUGCAGAGAGGUUCAAGCAGAGAAGGAUCAAGCUCGGGGUGACCCAGGCGGAUGUAGGGUCAGCCUUGGCCAACCUGAAGAUUCCAGGUGUGGGAUCCCUGAGCCAAAGCACCAUCUGCCGAUUCGAGUCCCUCACGCUGUCGCACAACAACAUGAUCGCUCUGAAACCGAUUUUGCAAGCCUGGCUGGAGGAGGCAGAAAAAUCGCACAGGGAUAAAAUGAACAAGCCCGAGCUCUUCAACGGGGCAGAGAAAAAGAGGAAGCGCACCUCCAUAGCUGCCCCAGAGAAGAGGUCUUUGGAGGCUUACUUCGCCAUUCAACCCCGUCCUUCCUCUGAGAAAAUUGCAGCCAUUGCAGAAAAGCUAGAUCUGAAAAAAAACGUGGUCCGGGUCUGGUUUUGUAACCAGAGGCAGAAACAGAAAAGGAUGAAAUACUCUGCAUGCAUCUAGCUUGAUCUUUGACAAUUUAAAAUAAAAUAGUGAAAGGUUCAAGAACUCUUACACUGUUAAGAGACAGGCUCGAUUUGUAUAAUAUUUCGUAUUGACUUUUCAAUCAUCAAGGACUUGAACUCUGAAACAGAAUUAUUCGUCAUAUCUGAAGUGACUCAAAAUUGCACUCCAAAAAUAUAAACAAACUGACAUGUUUUUUUUUUCCUGAAGGGAUGUGGAAUCAUUUAAAAAGGAUCGUUUGACUGAGCAAGUAAGAUAAUUCGUUUUUUUCCCUUACUAUGCCUCACCAUUUUUUUUCUCAACGAAAACAAAUCUGGUUACGUUUAAGCACACUUUGAAGACAUUUGUUUCAGUUGUGAAAAAUAAUAGAUCAGAAAUCAAUCAUAACCAUAUAUGUUUAAAUCAAUGCAGCCAUUCGGCUUACACAUCUUGUAAGUUUUACUCGCACUUAUAUAAAUCCAUUUUCAUUUUUAUUGUGAUACAAGCUGGCGUGUUUGUAAGGAGGCGACGAGAGGAAUCAGACAACCUCUGUUGCUGCCACUGAAAGCUAUUAUUAGAUUACUGCCAAACAACUCCCUUUAAAUUAUUAAUUUAGACGUCUCUAUACUUAAUUUUGAGCUGCCUAAUUAAUUAUGCCUCUUUAAUUUAAAGAGUGAUGACAGAAUAAUAAAGACAAUUAAAAAAUAGAUUUAUUUGCAAAUAACUAAAUAUUUUAAGUUCAAGCUGUGUCAAAAAAGGGGAGAAUUUAAUAAUCGUUUUCUAUACCUUACACAAUAUCUAGCGUGAAUGAGAAAUUGAAAUGUUUGCCAGUGUUGGGUUUAAUUUGCCAAAAUUGCUUGUAUUUGCUUGUAAUACUUCUGCAAUAGCCUACAUUGCGUGGGUCUCAUCCCAUUAACUAUUUAUUGUGUGAGGUAAUGUUUACUUCAUUACAUAUUUAUUGGGAUUCCCUCCUCGUUUUGCUUGAGAAAAUCACAUUCUUAAAGCAAAUAAAAUGUGUAAAAUGUUCGAAGGGAAGUGGCAGUUAAAUAAAAUAUCUUAGACGUUUCUUUUUACAUUAGUACAUCUACAAAUCGAAAGGUAUAUUAGAUAUUAAUUGUUUUCUUUAAAAAAUAAAUCCUGAGAUUUGUAUGUAAACAUCAGCGUGUUAGUGAAAAUGAUGAACUCUUAAGUUGUUGUUUGUUAAAGCACAUUGUUUAGUACUGUUUGCUUUUUAAAAACAAUUGGUUUCAUGGAACUAUACUUGUUUACUGUAAAUAUAUCAUCGGAACGAAUUGAUGAACACAUAGAUAUAUUCUUACAGAUGUUGCUGUAUUGCUGUUAUAGCAGAGACCGUUUGAAAACGUACUUUCUGUAUUGUCGUUACUUGUCAAAUGAAAUUUUAAUUUAUUUAUUACAUUAAUGUUUUUAAAUAUUGCAUUGCCACAUGUAUUUCAUUAAAGAACCGAUUUUAACAUUUU